AAUGUUGACAACAUGGCGGACACGAAGCAUAUGAACGUCAAACAUAAUUUAAAUGUUGUUAUUGUAGCCGUUUGAAAGCAAGAGAAGCUAAUCGAUAGUUUAAACUCUUCUCGAAACGAAGGUCGAUAAUAUUGUGCUGGUGGUACCCACGCUAUGUCAGGUGCAAGCACAAAACUGACAAUAGACUCUGAUCCUACUUUCAAUUUGGACAAAAUGGCUAAAUCACCUCUGUACCGAACAUGCAGAAUUCUCUGUCACCUGUUUACAAUGAUAGUUGUAAGGUUCUGGAAGUUGUGCACAUCAGCUUGUCUCAUGCUGCUUCUUCUAUAUUGGUUCUAUGGCGGGGCUUUGACGUUUUUGUUUUUAAUGAUUUCAAUAUAUGGUUUGUUUUACUAUGCACAGGACAUGUUUCUAUACUAUCCCGACCAACCACCAAACUCAAGGAUCUUUGUGGACCAACCAGACAAGUUCAAACUGCCAUUUGAAAAUGUUUUUGUGAAAACAAAAGAUGGAGUGUCAAUUAACAUGUAUUUAGUAAAAAAUCAGAACACAUUUGCUUUUCCCACAGUAAUGAUGUUACAUGGCAACGCUGGAAAUAUUGGGCACAGAUUAAUGAUGACAUACUAUCUAUAUAAGAUAGCACAUUGUAAUGUGCUGAUGGUGGAAUAUAGGGGAUAUGGUAAAAGUAGUGGAAAACCUUCUGAAUCAGGUAUAUAUCAAGAUGCAGAGGCUGCUUUUGAAUGGCUGUUAAAGAGAGAGGACAUAGAUUCAAAGAAAAUAUUCAUAUUAGGAAGUUCACUAGGUGGCGCUGUAUCAAUUAAACUGACCUCUAACCCUCAAUAUGCAGGCCAUAUAGCUGGUCUCAUGUUAGAAAAUACCUUCACCAGCCUACCAGAUGUAGCUAAAUCUUUAUUUAGCUUAAAAGCUUUAGAUUUUCUACCUACAUUCUGUUAUAAAAAUCAGUUCCCAUCAGAGUAUAGAAUAGGUAAAAUCACAGUACCAACGUUAUUUUUGUCUGGUCAAAGUGACGAACUUAUACCUCCAAGAAUGAUGCAAGCAUUAUACAAUCUCUCUGGCAGCAAUUUAAAACGUUUAGUGCCUUUUGAAGGUGGGACUCACAACGACACAUGUUUAUGUCCAGGCUACUAUGAAUCUAUAUCUCAGUUUAUGUACGAGGUAAUAAAUAGUUCAAAAGGAAAUAAAGACACAAGCCAGGUUACUAUAGAGACAGACUCCAGUAUAAUCUGAAAAGUGUUUAAAUAAGCUCAUUUGAGCACAUAGCUCUCAGAGUUUUGCCACAUAAGUGAACCAGCUUCUACUUCUUUUGCUCUGUUGGCAAUGGGUAUAAUCAAAGUGAAUGAGUAUUUUGUAUGGAAGUCAAAAUACUUCAUGUACUUUGUUUACAUUUAGCUUCCUUUAGGACACAUAACAACACAUUCAGGGUUGAUAAACAUCUUAAAUGCACUAAAUCUAUUAUUAAAAACAUAAUUGAACACAUGUUUGACAUUUCUAAAGAAUUGAAAAAAAUAUGGAUUUCUGAGGCAUGAAAUAAAUGAGGCCUUUAAUAAAGAUGCAACAAAUAGAUAAAUUCAUUAAUAUUUUACUUGCAUCAAAUGAGUUAAGAUUUCUUUCUGUUAAAGGAAAUCUAUAUGUAAUGAAAUAUUUUUAUAAUAUUUAUAAAUGAUAAAAUGAGCUGCGUCAUGACAAAACCAACAUAGUGCGUUUGCGACCAGCAUGAAUCCAGACCGGCCUGCGCAUCCACGCAGUCUGACCAGGAUCUAUGCUGUUCGCUAUCAGUUUCUCCACUUGUAAAAGCUAACAGCAUGGAUCCUGAUCAGACUGCACGGAUGAGCAGGCCGGUCUGGAUUCAUGCUGGUUGCAAACGCACUAUGUUGGUUUUGCCGUGACACAGCUCAAAUUAUUUUGUUAUUCGAUAAUGUUAUGGUUGAUUUUUGAAAGGGUUUUAACAUUUACCUAACACACAUAUAAAUUGUAUGUUUACAGAAUAAAAUGUUAGAGAGAAAACAUUAUGCUGUUAUUU